GUGUGUUUUCAGGAAAGUGAAACUGAAGGAAAUGAAACUGAAGGUUUCAAAACAACAGCCUGGCGGAGUGAUACUAAAGUCACACCGAGGAGCCAUGGCGUCCGCUGCGUACUCCGAGGAUCUGACCUGUCCCGUCUGUCGCACCUUCUUCACGGACCCGGUGACUCUUCUCUGCGGUCACUCUCUCUGCAGGGAAUGCAUCGCGAGCCCGCAGUGUCCGCAGUGUCCACAGACGGCCGUUCCGACGGAGGAAGGGUGUCUCCCGACCAACAUCAUACUGCAGAGGCUGGCGGAGAAGAUAAAGACAGAGAAUGGGAGAGAGAGUGCGCCUGCUGAGCUGUGCCCUGAGCAUGAUGAAAAGCUCAAACUGUUCUGCGUCACAGAUCAGCAGCUGGCUUGUAUCAUAUGCCGAGACGGGGAGAGGCACAAUGGGCACAAGUUCAAACCCAUCAAGGAAGCAGCCGCGUCCCUGAGACAGCAGCUGGAGGAGGGCGUGGAGGGCCUGCGCGGCGACAUCGUCGCUACGGAGAGCCUCGCCCACGCACAGAGGGCAGAAAUGGCGAAAACCAAAGAGAAGGCUCGGCAGCUGGAGACACAAAUCCGCAGACAGUUUGAGGAGAUGCACCAGUUUCUGAGGAAGAGAGAAGAUGAGGUGAAGAACGAGCUGCGACACAAAGAGGAAGACGCCGUUGGGAGAAUGAGGGACAGCUUAGGCGCUAUGGAGACGGCUUUGUCCGAGAGCAGGGAUGUUGAAGCAGAGCUGACAUCGGUUCUGCAGAUUGAGGACUCGGAGGGGCUCUUGAGGAGCUGGUCUCAGGGUAACAGCAGGAAGGCCCCAGAGUGCUUAUUCAGGCAGAAGGCCAACAACCUCCAAGUGGUGGACACCUCGCUCUCUAUGGGGCCUUAUGAAAGCCACCUUCAGUUCUUUGUGUGGAAAGAGAUGCUCCAGGUGAUCCAGCCCCGAGCAGAGCUGCUCUCACUCAAGAGCCACAGCGCGGAUAUAGCAGUGUCUGAUGAUGGGCGGAGUUUGUUUUGCAUUCCCAGGAGCGAACAAGCUACAUCAGGCUUUAAAUUUGGUCCCCCCAAAGGAUCAGGCCAAAACACAGGCCUUAACUUUGGUACCCCCACAGGAUCAGGCCAAAACACAGGCCUUAACUUUGGUACCUCCGCAGGAUCAAGCUUUGGCUUUGGUACCUCCACAAGAUCAGGCCAAAACACAGCCUUUGGCUUUGGUACCCCCAAAGGAUCAUGCCAAAACACAGGCCUUAACUUUGGUACCCCCAAAGGAUCAUGCCAAAACACAGGCCUUAACUUUGGUACCCCCGCAGGAUCAGGCCAAACUGCAGCCUCCUCAUUGAUACACCAUGUAUUCAGUGUCAAUACGUUCACUUCAGGGCAACAUUACUGGGAGACCGAGGUUGGACACAGGGACUAUUGGGAACUAGGGAUAAAAGAUAAUUUCCUGAAAUACGACGGCCAGAAAUAUUCCACCUGUAGUCCCAAAAAAACCACAGAGCUAGCACCUGGAGCCAGACCUCGAAAGAUCGGCAUUUACCUGAACUGCGUUUCCAAGAAGCUCUCCUUCUACAAUGCAGACAACAUGACACAUAUUCACACUAUGUGCUCUGGUCCCAUGACCACGCCAGUGUCAGCGUAUUUUACCAUCAGAGUCAGAACACCUGAUCCUAACCCUCUGACAGUGUGCUGGUACUGAGGUCAAGAUGGAAGUUGUCUUAGUCUUAGUUGUCUUAUUAUUGUUAUUGCACUCUCUAUGACCAUUUUUUUUAUCAGAGAUUGUAUAUAUACAUGAUUUUUUAUAUUGAAUUCCUUAAUACAUUUAUAUCCAUAUGUAUUCGUUGUGUUCUUCAUAAUUCCCCAUGUACAUGUACAUAUUGCCAGUUGGUAGCUCCUGAUAUUGUUUGGAGUGAGGCUUGGAUGUGUCUACGAUGCCGUGGUUGUGGCCACGCUCAAGGGUGGGACAUUCAGCGAGUCUGUUUGGUUCCUCCACACCUGGCAGGGAGACAAUUUGGCCUUGACGUAUCGUACCGUCUCUGAAACAAUCAAAUGUGUUGAAAACAGUGUUGUGAGCCCUCUGAAAGGCAGAAGUUCCUGACAGAAUGUGAUCAUGACAUUGUCUUUUUUAAAUAGGAAAUAAUUGUAUUGAAUUUCACAUGGCUUAGUAUAUGUAUAUGUUGCCAUUUGCUGUCUGUCUAUCACAUGUGAGUCUAAAGGUAAGAAUAAAUAAACAUUAUAGCCAGCAAAGUUCAAUAACUAUUUACAUUACAGAAGCAGAAUAAAAUGUAUAAAAAAAUGACUAUUUAACUAUUUAAUGUGACUGGCUCUACAAUUUUCCUUCACAGUGAUGCUGAAACACAUUAUUAGUCUUAUAUACUGUUGGAAAGAGGAGAUGCGUUGCUCUCUAAUAAUAUCAGUAUUACUUUUUGUACUCCAAUUAUUAAGCAACAUACGUCAGCGAGUCA